AUGCCCACAGCACCACAUCCAGUAUGUCUCCCUCUCAGUCUCCCAGCCACAGUAAUCAGUCUGACGACGGGUCGGACAUCGAGACCAAGCAGAGGCGCCCAAACCCAUCGAGGUUCUCCUUUCUCGACCUGUCCUACUGGAAGAGGCAAAAGGUGUGCUGUGGGAUCGUCUACAAGGGGCGUUUCGGUGAGGUGAUCAUCGAUCCUCGUCUCUUCAAGCCCUGCUGUAACAAGAAGCGCCCAGCUCUGGCAUCCUCUCCGGACUCUCAGAUCUCACAAGCGCAUCCUUCCCCUCUUCCAGAGGACAUGAAGGAGGCAUGGUGAUCCAACUAAAACACCCUCCAAACUGUCUCGUUGAGGCCCUCAUAGCUUUGUCUCCAGUGGUAGACUCUGUUAUCUUCCCUUUGUUAGAUUACUGUGUAUGAGUUGAGUUGUCCCCUUGCUUUUGUAUUUUUAUGACUUAUUUUGUAACAUGUAAUUUUUGUAUCUUUUUUUUUAUAUAUAACAGAAAAGGAGGAACAAAUUGGGCAUUAGGACAUAUUUAUAGAUCUGAGUUAGGAAAUUUUAUGUAAUCCAUUUUUUAUUAUUACUGUAAUUUUUUUUUGGAGUUACCAGUGUUUUGUAAAUAUAAUCUUAUU